UAUGGCGAUCACUUUUCACAACGAAACCACACCAAUGACCCCAUUUCUCUCAUAACAGCCCUCCAUACUCAACGGGCAUUUUGUUACCAGCAGGAUUCACGCGAAGUCAGUGGCUUCUCUCCAACACUCCCAGUGUCAGACAUGGAGAUACACGUUUGAUGAGAUUCUGAUUGGCUGCAGUAUAUGAAAUCCACCAAUGAAAAGCGAUGUCGAUCCAACGUCAGCUUAUCCGUUAUGCCAAACCGUUUCUGUUUUUAUGUCUAGUUCUGUUCAGUCUGGAUGUGGUCUUCAUGGCCUUCCAUCGGCAUUCUUACCUGAAACAGUUUCUCGACACAUUCAAAACCCACAGGACAAAAUUCGCAGAUCAGAAGUCGGCUUUCAAAAUCGUGGACGGAGUUGAUCUCAGGAUUAUCGUUCUUACUUUCGACAGACCGGAGUCUCUUGCCAGGUGUCUCUCGUCUCUGAACGAAGCCGAGUACGGUGGCGACAAGGUCAUCAUAGAUGUGUGGGUGGACAGAGCGAAAGGUGAACGUGAAACCAUACAUCCAGAGACGUACCGUGUUGCCAAGAAAUUUACCUUUCGGCACGGGGAGGUCAAAGUUCACAACCACAGUCGCCAUGUUGGACUUCACGGCCAGUGGUUGAACACUUGGGAUGUUCAAAACAGCGGAAAGGAAAUCGCGAUUUUUAUAGAAGACGACACCGCCGUUUCCAGACAUUUUUACAAAUGGUUGAAAGCCGUCCAUAAGAAGUACGCCAGAUAUCCCAACGUGAACGGAUUCUCCACCCAGGGCGUCAGUAUACGUCACAGCGGCGAUCCUGGCUAUUUAACAGGACCCGCUGACCAUGUGUGUUUCUUAUACCCUGUCCUCGGAACGUGGGGCUUUUCUCCAAACAGACAGAACUGGCUGAAAUUCAUCGACUGGUACACGCACGCUUCCAAAGACCCCAAUUUCCAACCGCAUGUUCCUGGGAUACUACCUUCCAAAUGGUACUCAAGUUUCGUCAAGCGGGGCAGAACGGACCGCAUGUGGUCGAUAUGGCAUAUCUACUAUGCGUGGAAGAACACAGAAUACACAUUGUAUCCCAAUCUGCCUGGACGUCAGGGUCUGACCAUCAACUGGAAGGAGAAGGGUCUCAACUAUAAUAAAAACAAGGCAAAGCCAGAUCCACUGCUGCAGACGUGGGAAUCCAGAUUCGUGGACUUGCCAGACAAACCACCUGUCUUAGAUUAUACUGGAGCUGUGGUGAUCCCUUAGCUAGGAUAUACCACAAUAGAACUGUGAUAAUCCCUUAGCUAGGAUAUACCACAAUAGAACUGUGAUAAUCCCUUAGCUAGAAUAUACCAUAAUAGAACUGUGGUAAUCCCUUAGCUAGGAUAUACAAUAAUAGAACUGUGGUAAUCCCUUAGCUAGGAUAUACCAUAAUAGAACUGUGGUAAUCCCUUAGCUAGGGUAUACCAUAACUGUGGUCAUUCCUUAGAGUGGAUAGAUUAUACUGGAGCUGUGGCGAUCCCUUAGCUAGGAUAUACCAUAAUAGAACUGUGACCAUUCUUUAGACUGGAUAGAUUAUACUGGAGCUGUGGUGAUCCCUUAGAUAGGGUCACAUGUCGCAAAAAACUAAAUUAGACUUAUAUGCAGAUUCUUAACUUGUACAGUCUAAGCUUCAAUGUGGUGCAACAAUUAUUAAAAUAUAUUGAUUUUUGACAAUCCAGUUUCAGCAAAAAAUGUUCGGUGAUAUAUAAGAUCAUUAUUUUGAGAUAAUGGCGGCCAAAGAUAAGGUCCUAGAUUUUAAAAUAAAAGUACAGCUCUCAAAUGUUGCACAAAUUAAGUUUAAAUCGUAAACUAUAUGAAAAAAAAGGUUUUGUAGGUUCAGGGUGGUUAAAUACAAUAACAUUAAAUAAUUUAAUACAGAGUAAAACAAAUAUAGUGAAAAUCAUUUUGCAAAAUUAUGAGCUAUAUAAGCUCCAGAUUAUAUAUUAAGCAGGAAAAUCCAGUAAAUAGUAAAUUUCUAAAAUAAUAACUCAAACACAAUAUACUGAGUGAAACCAUUGUUAUUAUAACUUUUAGAUAGAUUUAACAUUCUGAUUCCAGAGAUAAUCCAUGGAAGGUUUUGUGCGGGUUCUUUUUGUGGUCUUUUUUCUUCUUCUUUUUUUCUUUUGUUUGUUUGUUGUCUUUUUGGGGUUUUUUUUAUUUGUAAUACAUAACAUCAUUUUCCAGUCACUCACAUCCAGGGUCACCCAGGUUUCGAAUUCCGUCCCCGCCAUCAUGAUCGUUCACAUCCCAGGAAUAAUCGGAAAUUACAUUUGUCCAUUCAUUAACCGAAUUGGCUCCACUUAAAUGCAGAUUGUUCAGCUCAUUGAAGGCUUUUGCAGGAAGUGCAUCUUUUUUUUACUCGUUUUAAAAUCAUCAAAAAGUAAAAUAACCGAUUGGAAUGUUAGAUAAAUUCACAUUUAAAAAUUACACAAAAAAAAACGUAGGCGCAACCAUCUUCUUUUUUUUUUCCUUUGUAUUUCAUUUCAUUAACUGAUUUUUGUGUUUAUAUCCAAUUAAGGUACACGCACGCUGUACUG